CGCCGCCGCAGCCCGGAUGCCGCCGCCGCCGCCGCGUUCCUGGCCGCUGUCCCGGCCCCGGUGCCGCCGCUUCCUCCAGGAUCUGCCGGCGGGGGAAGCCGCGCGGAGGGGGCCCAAGGGCUUCUCCUCCUCUCGCCGGGUUAUUUUUUCCGGUGGUUGCUCCAGCGGGGGAGGUGGGAAGAGCCAAAGGCGGCGGUACCCCCUUCCCGCCCCCCCCUCUCCGCCGCGGCACAUGGGAAGCAAAAGUUUUCCUCCUCCUCCUCCUCCUCCGGCUGCUGCUGCUGCUCGCUGCCCUCCGCCCGCUGCCCUCGCCCCGCAGCCCCCCCGGGCCGCCCCCCGAGGAUGCUCGGGCUGCGCUCGGACACGGAUGUCCCGGCAUAGAGCCCGGCAGGAGCGGAGCCGAGCCUGCGGCCGCAUCUUCCCGAGGGAUCCGCCAGGAAAGCGGCUGCUGGGCCGAAAGAACCAGAUGCUUUAGCAGCGCCGGCCAGGCUGCGCGGCACCGGCCCCGCCAUGGGCACCGGGAUGUGCUCCAGGAGGCAGAAGGGGCUGCUGCAGACCGCCUUCUGCCUGCUCACCCUGGCCUGCCUGGCCUCCGGAGUGCUCCUCUACAACCACUUGCAGCAGAAGGUGCGGAGCGCCGAGGCGCUGGCGCAGAAAUACAAACAGCAGCAGGAAGCGCUGUCAGCCCAGCUCCAAGUGGUGUACGAGCACCGCUCCCGCCUGGAGCGCUCCCUGCAGAAGGAGAGAGGGGAGCACAAGAAGACCAAGGAAGAUUUUUUAGUGUACAAGUUAGAAGCUCAGGAAGCCCUCAACAAGGAGAAGCAAGACUCCAUGAACAGAUAUGGGGCCCUCAGCUCCCAGCACAAGAUCCUGAAGAACCAGCACGACGACGUCAAGAAGCAGCUCCUGGACCUGCAGCUGCAGCACAACGGCCUCAAGCUGGAGCACAGGAAGAGCCUGGAGAGCCACAGCCAGAAAGUGGCCCAGCUGCAGCAGGAGAGGGACAGUGAGGUCACCAACCUGCAGGACACAGUGCUUAAACUGAGAGAAGAGAGCAAACUCCUCAGGAAGGCCCACCAGGAGGUUCACUCCCAGCUCCUCAGUGCCCAGGCCCAGCUGGAGGAGUUCCGGCAGCUCAAGGAGGCUCUCCAGAAGAUGCCGGGCUGGAGAGGAGGAGGAGGAGGAGGAGGAGGAGGAGGAGGAGGAGGGCAGGGGCAGCAGCCCCUGGUGCCAGCCAGCAGCCAGCUGCAGCCAGGGAGGCAGAAGGCUCCGCAGUCCCUCCAGGAUUCCCGGUCCCUCUCGGCGUUUCCGGGGCCGCAGCCGCCCCCAGCCCCGGGUCCCUGGAGCCGCGCUGGGGCCGGGGCCGGGCUGGAGCCCCCCCGGGAUCCCUGGAGCCCCCCCGGGGCAGGGCAGGGAGCCAGCCGGCUGCCAGGGGGACACAGCCUGCCCAGCCCCGAUGUGAGGAUGAUGAUGCACAUCCAGGUGAGGAGGCACGAGGAAAGCCCAGCUCCUGGGCUGGGCCUGGCUGAGCCUGGACAAACCUCUCCAGCAGAAAAUCCCCCAGUGCCGGGCAGCCAGCGCCCAGCGGGGAGCAGACAGCUGCCAGGACACAGCUGGCAGCGGGGCGCGCUCCGCAGCGAUGCCCGCCCGGGGCAGCAGUCACCCCGUGCCCACCCCGGGGCCGGGCAGAGGGGCAGCCCCCCGGCCCCCAGCGCCCGGAGAGCAGCACGGGGGGACAGGGAGGACGAGGAGGAGCUGCAGAUGGAUGCAGGAGUCAUCGACAGGGAGCAGCACUCCCAGAAGGAGCCCGUGGCCCAGGAGCCCGUGAUGCCAGAAGAUGCUGCAGAUCCUGCCCAGGACCCCAAUAACCAGGGGGAGGACGAGUUUGAGGAGGCUGAGCUGGAGAGACCCGACUUUGAGGAGAAGGUGGGAGGCCUGGAGAAGUUCAAGGAGCCCGGUGUUAAAGAAGAGUCAAAGGAGAAGCCACCAAAGGAUGCUGGCAGAGCUGCCAAGCCCAGGGAAGACCCACUGGAGGAUUACCAAGAAGAUCAGGAGCAAGAAAUUGUACGACACCAAGGAGGAUCGUGGAGGGGAGGUGGAUGACAACGAUGACCUGGAGCUCGCCCAAGAGCAGAAGGACCAGGUGGGAAGGCAGGGAGCUGCUGGCAAGAAGGAUGACUACUUCUGAGAGCUGCUGGAAAACCAGGAUACUCCAGGAAGGAGGGGAUGGGAACUCCUCCUGGGAACUGCCUCCUGAAUGAAACACUGCCCAGAGCACAGGCAGGAGGAGGGAGCUCUCUGCAGGCCCUUGCAGGGGGUUUGCAGAUGAAAACCCCAUCUUGGUGUGGAGCCACUCAGAGAUCUCUCAGCCUGGGAAUGAUCUUAUCCUGCUGCUUUUCUUGGAAGCACUUUUUGAUUUACUGUGUUCUCCGCCCUCUUGUUUUUCACAUCCCCUUUCGGAGCUGGAGAGGGUUUUUUUGGCUGGUUCUGGGGGUGUUUUUUACCCCCCUGGGCAGCAGAGGGGUGCCUGAGCUGGUCCCUGGACUCACUCUAAUACAAAGGAAUCUGUCUUCAGAAA